AUGAACAUGAAUCUUUGCGGUUCGGGUUCUUAUAUGAAUAUGCCACCACCUGUGCCUAAAAUGCCACCAGGACUAAUGGAACUGAUGGAGGGGUUGACGAAGGAAGUUUUAAAGAAUAAUCCGAGCAAUGUGCAUGAAUUUUGUGCAGAGCACAUGUGGAAAUUACUAGAAUUAAGAGAUAACCAUCCGCAAAAAAAAUAUUUGACUUUGGACCAAAAAAUUUAUUUGUUAAAUACAAAUAAUGGCGAGGAAUCAAAUGUCGCCACAUUUGCCACUGCAAUUGAAACUGAGAAUAACGCCGUGGAAAACUUAAAAAAAGACGAUUGUGAAAUUGCAAACUUAGAAAUAUGUAGUAAUGACGGAUAUGAACUAAAGACGAAAGACCAAAGUGUCUGUAAUGGCGAAAAUGAUCUAAAAUAUGAAAGUGACAAUAACGACGAUAAUUACCAAAAGGUUAUGGUAGACCACAGUGACGCAAAUGAACAAAAGGAUUUGAUAGACCAAAAAGAAAAUAAAGACGAAAGUGAUAAUAAUUACGAAAAUGACCAAAAGGGAAUUAUAGAACAAAGUGCACAUAAUGACGAAAAUGCUUCGAAAGACAUAAAAGAUGAAAGUUUCAAUAGUGACCAAAACGAAAUUAAAGACCAAAGACGCAUUAAAGAGAAAAAUGAUAAAAAGGAAAUAAAAGACCAAAUUGGUAAUAAUAAUGAAAAUAACCAAAAAGAAAUGAAAGAUGCAAGUGAUAGUAACGAAGAAAAUUACCAAAAGGGAAUUAAAGACCAAUGUGGAAAUAAGGACGGAAAUGACCAAAACAAAAUGAAAGAACACAAUGAUUUGGGUAAAAAAUAUAAAGAGUCUUACACUGCUGAUAAAUUAAUUGAUGAAAUAAACAUCAAAAAAGAAAUGAAAGGACAAGGGGUAGCUGAUAAAAAUUUGAAUGCGGAAGUAUUUGCCAUAUCAGAGAAUGAUGUUAUUGAUGAUAACCUUGAAACGAUUAAAGAGAAUCAGUACACUGAUAAUUCUACUGUGGGAUUUGAGGUUAAGAAUAAACUAUCGGAACUUGACCAAGAUCAAAGAAUACUUGAAAGGACAUCAAAGAUUGAGAUUAAAGAUUUAAACUUUGUUGAUACGGGUAAAGAUCGUAAUGAUGUUGAUCAAUAUAAAGUUAUACAAGAUAAAGAGCCUGAAUUGACAAGCAAAACAUCCAGUUUAGAAGAUUCUACAAAGAUCGAAUUCAAUAUAUUUGAUCACGAAAGUGGACCUAAGGAUGAAAAUGGUUAUUCAAAUCAAAAUCAAAUCUUAAACAAAGAUAAACGAGCCCAUGGCAUUAGUCGAAUGGACACGGUAUUACAAACUGUCAAUGAAGAAAAGUCUCUUUCUUUAUCAACUGACGAUUCUUCAACACUGUCCAGUGCUGCCACUGUUAUUCAAGCUCAUAUCAGGGGAUUCUUAGUCAGGACCCGUUUGAAUCGUAACAAAACUGUAUCGAGUACAUCUCUAGCAGAUUCCGAUAAUCCGUCAGCCCCUUCGUUUGAAGCGGACCCUGAUCCGGUCAGGAAUAAGACUAUUUUAAACAUACACAUUGUUCCCGAAGGAAGCCACUUCUUGAGCAGAGAUGAAAGCAUGUUAACAUCAGUGGAAUUGUCUUUAGACGGAAGCCCACCCGCGUCUAGUAACUUGCAUCCGUUGGGCUACGAUAAAAGCGAACGUAGAAAGCAGUUAAAAAGAGAAGAUGCAAUUCAAUCUAUUUCGCCGCCCAGUAACAACAGCACUCGGUUAAGCGACGAAAAUGAUUCUGUGAAGGAAGUUUUACUAAAAGACGUUAAAAAUGAAACACGGGGGACAGUGGGCGAUGGCUUGCCUCUACACUCUAAUAUCUGUCAGGAUAUGGUAUCCAAAGGGACAGUUGAGGGUAAUCUGACGGAGGAUGGGGAUUCAACGUCAUCUGAUAAAAAACUUACAACAGAAAUAUCUUCUGAUGAAUCCGACGUGAUAACACCCUAUGUGAAUGUUGGGGAAAAUAAUACCAGUGAUUCUGACACUAAGAAGUUACUCCACUCGGGUGAGUUCCACGAUGUAGUGCUGCCCACGAAGGUGUCCCGCACUGACACGUCAGUCGUCCGUGGUGAG